AUGGGAACAGCCUCAGAUUAUGGAGCAUUCAUGGAGAAAUUCAUUUUGCCACCAUCGUCUUCUUCCACUGAUCUUCCUUUGAAUUCGCUCACCUUUGCAGUCAAAGACAUAUUUGACGUGAAAGGGCAUGUAGCUGGAUUUGGGAAUCCUGAUUGGGCAAAGACUCAUGAGGUUGCUACUUCUACUGCUCCAACAGUUCUGGCUCUCCUUAGUGCUGGUGCCACUUGCGUUGGUAAAACUAUCAUGGAUGAAAUGGCUUACAGUAUAAACGGAGAAAAUAUACACUAUGGAACACCCAGAAAUCCUUGUGCAGAAGACCGAGUUCCAGGAGGAUCUUCUAGUGGUUCUGCUGUUGCAGUUGGUGCAAAGCUUGUUGAUUUCUCUUUAGGAACUGAUACAGGAGGAAGUGUAAGGGUGCCCGCAUCAUAUUGUGGGAUUUUCGGUUUCCGUCCUUCUCGCGGUGCUAUCUCAAAAUCAGGAGUUGUUCCUAUGGCACAAAGUUUUGAUACUGUAGGGUGGUUUGCUAGGGAUCCAAAGAUUUUAAGCAGAGUUGGACACGUACUUUUGCAAUCUCCACAGGUCACACCUGUUAAGCCUACUCAGGUUAUCAUUGCAGAGGAUUGUUUUCAGCUCUCAAGCAUUCCUUACGAUGUAGUUCCACAGACUGUCAUCAAAGCAGUACAGAAGUUGUACGGAGAUGAUGUAUUAAGGCGUGAAAUCCUUGGUGAAUAUGUGAAGGCCAAAGUUCCGGGUUUGAAACAUUUCAUGAGUGAAGAAAACACAAAUCAAGUAUACAAUAUCCCAUCACUGGCUGCACUUUCAAGCGCGAUGCGAUUGCUUCAGAGGUAUGAAUUUAAGAAUAACCACAGUGAAUGGAUCAAUGCAGUCAAACCUGAUUUAGGUCCCGGAAUUUCAGAACGUGUAUCAGAUGCUCUGAGCACAACAGAGAAAGAUAUUGAUAUCUGUCAUUCUGUAAAAGGGGAGUUGUGUGAUGCUCUUACUUCUCUUCUUGGGGAUUUCGGUGUUCUUGUGAUCCCGACAGUUCCAGGGCCUCCGCCUAAACUACAAACAAAUUCAUCUGAAUUAGAGAUUUUUCGCGCAAGAGCUUUUAGCCUGCUGUCCAUCGUUGGAGUUUCUGGAUUUUGCCAGGUAAGCAUACCGCUAGGGGUGUAUAAUGAUCUUCCUGUAUCAGUUUCUCUGGUGGCCAGGAAUGGUGCAGAUGGAUUCUUGCUUCACCUUGUUGAGAGUAUUUAUGAUAUCAUAGAAAAAUAG